AUGAUCCAUAUGCGUGCUCACACAUUAAUUUCUGGAGUUUACGCUUUAUCAUACAUAAUUGGUUUCUUCGAUGUCGUAAUUGAAGUAGCGUGUUGGAAUACCACAUACUGCGGAGGUCGGUGGUUGUCAUCACAGUUCAAUGUCGGACUUCAGGAGCCAAAAAUUACCGAAAAACUGCUUGGUAUCACCAAUCAUUUUUAUGAUGGCAACACUGCGACAGAAGGAGUUUCGCAUUCAUCAGCAAGGCGAAGAACACGACAUUCACGUAGUAAUCAUCACCAUCUUGUAAAUAUCAUCACCUUUUUGGAUGCCUUUGGAUACUUGAUGUGUCCUUCCCUGCAGCUGUAUGGCAAAUUCAGCCUACGAUUUGCCUUCCGCACAACACAGCUUAACGGACUCCUACUUUUCAAUUCAGACCUGUCCAGUGGAGACUUUAUCCUGUUUGAACUACAUAAAGCUAGAUUAUUCCUCAGCUUUGAUAUGGGGAGUGGGCCGCGGAGAUAUCAAGUUUCGCCUAACCGAGUGAAUGACAACAAAUGGCACGAAGUUGAGAUGUUAAGGCAAGUACAUUUGUGGUGA